CCUGCCUUCUGACCCCAACUGCGCAUGCUCCCUGCAGACCCCAAAACCAUGGCUCUGCGGCACCUUUUCCUGCUCCAGGAGCGCGCCAAGUUGUUGGCCCCGGCUUUGCGCGCCAAUUACGCGACUUGGCGCCUUUCGCACAGUUUACGCGACCAAACGCAGAGCAGCAGCGCCCCGGCCCGAGACCACCCCAUCUACACAGAGGAGCAUUUCGCCCUGAGAGAUUCUCUGAGGAAGAUCAUUGACAAAGAAAUCAACCCAUUUGUGGACAAAUGGGAAGAAGAGGGACAAUUUCCAGCCCACCAAGUUUUUAAAUCUCUGGGGAAAGCCGGAUUUCUUGGCGUGAACAAGCCAACUGAAUAUGGCGGCUUGGGUUUGGAUUACUCCUACUGCAUCGCCGUGGCAGAAGAACUGGGAAAUAUUCGCUGUGGAGGAGUUCCCAUGGCCAUUGGUGUGCAAGCUGAUAUGGCUACGCCUGCUCUUGCAAGAUUUGGAUCUGAUGAGCUGAAAAGAGAAUUCCUAGCUCCGACCAUUGCUGGUGAUGUUGUGGCUUGCUUAGGAGUCAGUGAGCCUGGGGCAGGCUCAGAUGUUGCAAGCAUAAAGACAAAAGCUGUAAGAAAAGGAGAUGACUAUAACAUAAACGGGGGCAAAAUGUGGAUUACCAAUGGGUGCCAGGCAGAUUGGAUGUGCUUGUUGGCAAACACAAGCGAUGGACCUCCUCAUAAGAAUAAAUCUCUCCUGUGUCUUCCAAUGAAGACAUCUGGUGUUCACAUUGCUAAGAAAAUUGACAAGAUGGGUAUGAGGUCAUCUGACACAGCGCAGAUCUUUUUUGAAGAUGUCCGAGUUCCCAGCAAAUACCUCAUUGGAGAGGAAGGAAUGGGUUUUAUAUACCAAAUGUUACAGUUCCAAGAGGAGCGCAUGUGGGGCGUAGCCAACGUUUUAGUACCGCUUGAAAAUAUAAUACAAGAAACUAUCGAUUACACACGCCAGCGUAAGAUAUUCAAUCAGCCAAUAAUUCAAAAGCAAAUAGUGCAUUUUCGUCUUGCUGAACUAGCAACUGAGGUGGAACUCCUUCGUUCCUUGCUCUAUCGGGCAGUUGCUCUGUAUAUACAUGGCAAUGAUGUGACCAAGUUUGCAUCCAUGGCUAAACUAAAGGCAGGAUAUCUGGCUCGGGAAGUUCCAGACAGCUGUCUCCAGUUCUGGGGAGGAAUGGGGUUCACCAAUGAGGUCCUUGUGAGCAGACUUUACAGAGACUUAAGAUUGUUGUCUAUAGGAGCUGGUGCUGAUGAAGUCAUGCUUUCCAUUAUAUGCAAGCACAUGGACAUCUUACCAAAGCAACAACAGGCAUGAAUCUUUGCAUGUGUUUGCUUUCUUUCUGAUACGCUGCAGGUGGAAAGAUUUUUAUGUCUAGAAAGAAUAUGCAGUGAUAAUGUUUUUAGAAUCAGUUGUCUUGAUUUUCUUAAUGGCCAAGUUGUUGACAUUUGAUUCUACCUCACCUUUGAAUGAAAUACAACCACACACAUUUUACCACAAAUAUUCUGCAGCAUGACCUAUUGCCAAGCAGCAUUCUGGUCUGUUUCCUUGACUAAUGUAUUUUUACAAGGCUAAUAAAGCUUAACUUCAUGACAAGAAAACCAGAGCGGAAGCAGUAAGACACACACAUACCAUUCAUACUAUGCAUCAACAAUUUCUGCAUAGAUUUAUUUACUGUACCUCAGAAAGUUUUGUACUUUUAAUUACUAUAAUGUGAAAGCAUCCCAUGUUUCUGAAUUCUGUGUUGAGGCAGGGUCAGGUUAGCAUUCACGCAUCUCUCACCCUACAGUCAAGAACUUCAAAUAGCCAUGGGAUUUCUUAAAUGUCUAUUUGAAUGCUAGCAUUCUGUGGCUACAGUUAGGAUACCUGUAAUUAUGUUUAAAUGAAAAAAGUACUAUUUGUACACCUUAAUGUUGCAGCACAAAUCUAGGCUAAGCCGAAGUAACUGUUUGAGUCUAAUCCAUGUUAUUAGAAGAGAAGCAAUUAAGGUGGAUAACUCAUUACAUGGCACUGAACGAAUCAACCAUCUUCCUUCUAAAAUUUUGUCUCAUUGGUUAAUUGAUUGCAAUUUACUAUUACACGUAACAAGAAAUGGGAAUUUACUUGCAGUAAGUUUUAAACCCUGACUUUGAAAUAAGAAAAAUUAAAACUAUAUAUAAACUGAAGAA